UUCGGCAUCAAUUCACUCAUUCGCUCAGUUCAGUUCCCUAGUGACCGUUGUAGUGGAUAGAGGUGAUCGAUCGAAAGUAUUCAAGGAUGAGACUGAUCUGGACGCUGCUGGUUGCUACGUUAGCGCUGAUAGCGUACUGUGGUCGUUUUGUGUCGGGUAAAGAUUCUUCGGAAGAGGACGAAGACAUUUUUAAGGACUUGAAGACAUGCCCCCUCGGAUACUGUGUGGCAGUUCAUCAGUGCAUUGAGGGAACAAUCAACGAUAAAGGCGUCGGUAUAAUUGAAAUACGAUUCGGCGACGACCCAAUUGAAGUAGAUUUAGAUAACAGGGAUCCGUGUGAGGAAUUUUUGAUGAAAUGCUGCGCUAGAAAUGGCACUGUACCUUUGAAACCGGUUGAGCUAACCACAGAAAAGCUUCUGCCGGAUUAUGGUGAUCUAAAUGAAGGUACAAAUGCAGUCACCAAGUCGCCACCUCUAGCCUGUGGCCAAAAUCGUCCCGAUGGGUAUAUCUACAAGGUUAAAAACAGUGGCAUGGGUCAAUUUGGCGAAUUCCCUUGGAUGGCAGCGCUGUUGAAGCGUCGAACUCUUCUGGGCAUAGAUACCUCAGAGUACAUCUGUGGUGGAUCCCUGAUCCAUCCACAAGUCGUUCUAACGGCGGCGCACUGUGUUAAGAACUUUAUUGACGCGUUGGACACUCUGGUUGUUCGAUUAGGUGAAUGGGACACCGUAAAUGAAAAUGAGCCGCUGAAACACGAGAACCGAGAAGUUCGGAAGAUAAUUCUGCAUGAGAAUUACGUGGAGGCAACUGCCCACAACGAUUUGGCUUUGUUGAUCCUGGAUCAACAGGCUAGCUUGAACGUUCACAUAAAUCCGAUCUGCCUGCCAAGUGCCGACGACAACUUUGACGAACAGCGAUGCAUGGUUUCUGGAUGGGGCAACUUUGACCGCGAUGGAAAGUACGCGGAAGUGCUGAAAAAGAUUGAAGUCCCGGUGAUUCCGCGAAAGAAAUGCAAACAACUGUUCCGGGCCACCAUCCUGGGUCCGUUCUUUAAUCUUCACAAAAGUUUGAUAUGUGCCGGUGGCGAAGCUGGCGUGGACACGUGCAAAGGAGAUGGAGGUUCUCCGUUGGCAUGUGAACGCAAUGGGGUGUUUGUCCAGGGCGGAAUCGUCGCUUGGGGAAUUGGCUGCGGUGGUGAGAACGUUCCCGCAGCAUACGUGAGUGUUUCUAAAUUCGUCGAUUGGAUCAAAGAGAAGAUGCAGGCAGAAAAUGUGUAGACUGUCAAGAAAGUAGUUUUAGAAUAAAGCACUACAUUUAUUAAAAA